CCUAUGGGAGAGCAGAGGAGAUGGGACAGGGCAAUACAGCAAGGAAGAGAAAAAGAAAGCUAGUAUACAGUUAGCACACUAAGUUGGGGUAGAAAGUAGUUGGGUAAGGAAACUGCCAAGCCUUCAGUGCCUACUCUGUGCCAGAUACCACAUUAAAUUUCCCAUAGGUUUUCCUUCUCCGAAGAAUCAUGGUGAGCAGCUGAUGGAGAAUAGCUGAAAGGUAGAAAGACUUUACCAAGGAAGGUCUAUAUCAUAGGUUACCACCUAAGAAAUGAAACAACUUUCUGAAAGCCCAGGAAGGAGAUGCUCUCCUGAGCUCCUCAUGCUCCAAAGGGAGGUCAAAAUCACCACCCUCUUUCAGCCAGAAUUUUAAGUUUGAAAUAAACAGCAAGCUUCCUGCCACCUUGAGGCCUCCUUUGAUGUACGCUCCCUGCAAGCAGUUUCAGGUGGCAGCAGAACUCUCAAGAGAUGCCUUGGAAUCUGAGAAUGCAAAGCCCCAAACAGAGAACAUCCAGAUGCUGGGAUCACCAUGUCGCUGAAGGGUGUUUCUGCCUUCCCUGGAAAAAAAUACUCAUUUUUGAAAAGAGGCAAGAUUCCCAAAAUGAAAAUGAAGGAUUGUCAUCUACUCCCAUCCAGGACAAUAUUGACCAGACGUACUCAGAGGAGCUGUGCUACACCCUCAUCAAUCAUCAGGUUCUCUGUAGAAGGCCAUCAGGGAACUCUGCUGAAGAGCACUAUGAGAAUGUUCCCUGCAAAGCUGAGAGACCCAGAGAGUCCUUGGGAGGAACUGAGACUGAGUAUUCACUUCUACACGUGCCUUCUACCCCUACACAUGCCCGAUCCCCAGAAGAUGAAUAUGAACUUCUCAUGCCUCAAAGACUCUCCUCUCACUUUCUGCAACAGCCACAUCCACUUACGGCCCCUUCUGAGACCCAGUUUUCCCAUUUAUAGUGAAGUGGUUGGACUAGCAUUUGUUUAGCACCAACAAAUAAAAGGUGGGAUGGGGGAUCUGCCUGAAGCAGGGAUGGGACACAAAGUCCCUCCAGUUUACCUCCCACAGCAACCCUUUCCCUGCAGAGCACGGUUUGCGUACCACAAGUCCUCUUAGCACGCAAAAGCCAAAAUAUAAAGAUCAACCAUUUAUCCUAAACACUACCAUUUGAGAAAGAGGUAGCCAUCUUUGGUUCUACAUGAUUUGGAGAUUACAGUGGUAGGGGGGGCUCCCUGAUUCCCCUAAAGCUAUGCACACCACAAGGGGCUCUGCUGUCUGUCUGGGAUCUUCUUAUAAAGUGUUCCUAUGAUUGUUCUCUGAAGUCACAAGGAAGCUUUACUCAUCAUACUAAGUGUACCCAAGGGGGAGUUCACUCAUUACAGUGACCUUCCAGCUCAGCCCUCACCCCAUGGGAGCCUGUGUUGCUCCUCUCACUCCAUGUGUGUAAGCCAUGUCUUUUACAUAGUGUCCUUUGACCUGUUGGCCCCCAGGGUCUGGCUGGUUAUGUGAGUUGAAUCAAGAGGCUCUAGGCCAGAUGUUUACAUAAUUUUAACCUAUAUGAUUUUAUUUUUAACUUUGUAUUUCUCCCUAGAAAUCUUAAUAAGACAAUUGUAGCAUCAGACAAUGUUAAGAAGAAUGAUCCUUGGAGAUCCCAUAAUCCCACUACCCUUGUUUGGCUCAGAGAGGAUAAUUUACCUAAUGUUACAUUAAAGUUAGUGGCAAAACUUAAUUUGGAGGCUGAUUUCCUACUGACUUCCAAUUUAGUGCUCCCCCAGUAUGCUACAUAGAAAGCUCUCUGCAAUAUACUAAAUGUAUACUAAAUGUAUAUAUUUAAUAAUGUCAUGUAUAAAAUAUGAAUAAAAUGUCCACAUAGUAAUGUCCACAUUACUUUCUCUUAUCUUUUCCUUAGUGUUCCUCAAAUUAUAUCUAUCCUGUAAACCAGGAUCAGCAAACUGUAACCCCCAGGCCAAAUCUGGCCCACUCCCUGUUUUUAUAGAUAAAGAUUUAUUGGAACACAGCCACACUCAUUUGUCUGCCUACUAUCUAUGAUUGUUCAACCAUGGGAGAGUUGAGUAGUUGUGACAUGGACCAUAGGCCCUUAAGAGCCAAAAUAAAUAUACUUUGGCACUUUUUGGAAAAAAAGUUUGCAGACACCUGCCCUAAAUUAUUAUAGUUUGAGAGAAACUUAACAGAAAUGUGUUUGGUUACUGAUGCAUAAGAGCAAGCACCAAUAAAAUGGCAUAAAAAUAUUAAAUCACAAAUUGGAUAAGUGAGACCAAGACAAUUUAGCAAAUUCUGCUAUUUCUGUAUUCACACCUGUGUCUUCCACUUGUUUUAUUUAACUCAUGGCUACUGUCCUAAUUUUAGGCAUGCUAAAAUAGUUCAUUUUAAAAGAGGUUUGUUUAAGAAAGCAGUAGGUACAUUAUGUUUACUAGACAGGCCCUUUGACCAGCUAAGUGACAGGGACCCUAGUACAUUAUGUUUAGUUACUGUUUUCUUCUCAAAGUUAACCAAAGCUGAAUAACUUUGCUAUUUAAAAUGUGCUAACUCCCAAAUGAGGAGAAAUGCAGUGGCCUGAGCUUGGAUGUGUCAGGUUUUUGGAGACUUCGGCCAGGUGAUGGUCUUCACCUGCAUCUUGGUAUCUCCUCCUCUGCUGACUUCCUACUUUUAGCAAGAUUCCUUCACGUGGAACUCUAGCUGAUCCUUGGCCAGGAUCAGAUCCUCAAAAGGAGGUAUUCAUGUUAGCAGUGGAUAUUGUACAAGAUGUAACAUGGCUUAGAGGAAAGACUGUAGAUCCCAGAGACAGAUCAUCGGUCAUUCAAAUCCUGGUUCUCUCUCUUCCUCCAUCUGUGACUUUGAACAUGCUACUUACUUGGAGUCUCAGCUCCUUAAUCAUCGACAGAAGGAUUACAUCCAAUGUAGGCAAUCAUCUAUUACAGACGCUGAAUAAAUGAUAUCAAAGGGUAUAAACAAAAAUCUUUUUUGAUGUAUGGAAAAAAACUAUGCUGAUGCAGCUGGUUAUUCAGGGUCACCCAGCAGUCCUCCAGCAAGGUAGAAACACCAAAUCAAUGAGUUUAUGCUAGAAGUUUUCACAUGGCUACUGGGCCAUUGUGGAAGUAGACUGGUUGAAAUAUUCUUAGUAUGACAUAAUAUUUCUUUGAACCUCAUCCUGUGAAAGCAUUAUCUGUCCCAAACAGUAUAUGCCUUUUAUCAGUGACACAUUAAAUAUUAAUGUUUAACCAAAGAAAGUUGUUUUUAUAAUGAAAUUAUAACAGGGAUUUACAAGAGGGAAUUAUAAGAGGGAUUAUGAAAGGGAAUUACUUUUGAGCAGGGGGAGCCAUUUGGGAGUGCUUCAGGAUACCCAAAAUGAUAUAUACAAUUAUGAUUUCUAAGUCAAAAGUAAUAUUAAGAACAAAAAGAGUUUAAAAAUUCUGAUAUGAAUGUAACAUACUUAAUGUGUAGGAUGUCUCAAAUUUCCAGUAAAUAAAUUUUAAUGUCCCAAAA